UGCUCCCGGAAGGGACCGGAGGGGCGGGGGACGCCCCCCCCCCCUCCCGGGACCCCCGAUCCCCGCAGCCCCCCGGACACCGGGGGGAGGAUCCUGGGGGUCCCGCACCCCCGGCACCGGGGGCAGCUCCGCUUCCCUCGCUCCGCACCGGGGGAGGACCCCCACGGCGGCGCGAUGGGGGCGGCGGCCUGCGGGAUGUUCUCAAACAACGAUGAAGCUGCGAUCAACAAAAAACUGCCCAAAGAGCUGCUGCUUCGAAUUUUCUCUUUCCUGGAUGUGGUCACUCUGUGUCGUUGUGCUCAAGUUUCCAGGGCAUGGAAUGUUCUGGCCCUGGAUGGCAGUAACUGGCAGCGAAUUGACCUGUUUGAUUUCCAGAGGGAUAUUGAGGGCCGGGUGGUGGAGAACAUCUCCAAGAGAUGCGGGGGAUUCCUGCGGAAGCUGAGCCUGCGGGGCUGCCUGGGAGUGGGGGACAACGCCUUAAGGACCUUUGCCCAGAACUGCAGGAACAUCGAAGUGUUGAACCUCAAUGGUUGUACCAAGAUCACGGACGCCACCUGCACCAGCCUCAGCAAGUUCUGCUCCAAACUCAGGCACCUGGAUUUGGCUUCCUGCACCUCCAUAACCAACCUGUCCCUGAAAGCACUCAGCGAGGGAUGCCCGCUGCUGGAACAGCUCAUCAUCUCCUGGUGUGACCAAGUGACCAAGGACGGGAUCCAGGCGCUGGUGCGGGGCUGCGGGGGGCUCCGGGCCCUGUCCCUCAAAGGCUGCACCCAGCUGGAGGACGAGGCCCUCAAGUUCAUUGGUGCCCACUGUCCUGAGCUGGUGACCCUGAACCUGCAGACCUGCCUGCAAAUCACAGAUGAUGGGCUCAUCACCAUCUGCAGGGGCUGCCACAAGCUGCAGUCCCUGUGUGCUUCUGGCUGCUCCAACAUCACCGACGCCAUCCUCAACGCCCUGGGACAGAACUGCCCACGCCUCCGAAUAUUGGAAGUGGCAAGGUGUUCCCAGCUGACCGACGUGGGCUUCACCACCCUGGCCAGGAAUUGCCAUGAGCUUGAAAAAAUGGAUCUGGAAGAGUGUGUCCAGAUUACAGACAGCACACUAAUCCAGCUUUCCAUACACUGUCCACGGCUGCAGGUCCUGAGUUUAUCCCACUGCGAGCUGAUCACGGACGAUGGGAUCCGUCACCUGGGCAACGGCGCCUGCGCCCACGACCGCCUGGAGGUGAUCGAGCUGGACAACUGUCCCCUGAUCACCGACGCCUCCCUGGAGCACCUCAAGAGCUGCCACAGCCUGGAGAGGAUAGAACUGUACGACUGCCAGCAGAUCACGCGGGCCGGGAUCAAGAGACUCAGGACCCACCUGCCCAACAUCAAAGUCCACGCCUACUUCGCCCCGGUGACCCCCCCGCCCUCGGUGGGCGGCAGCCGACAGCGCUUCUGCAGAUGCUGCAUCAUCCUAUGACACUGGAACCUCCUCCCGGCAAAGGGGGCUGGAGCCACGCCCGGGCAGCUCCGGGCACGCCAGAACCUCGGGGACAGCGAUCCCAGUGUCAUUGCCAGGGCCAGUGAGCAGGGCUGGGCUGCCCUGCAGCCACCCACACACCCCCUGUGAUCCCGGCGGGAUGAGGGACUGGGGAUGGAGCUGCAGCUGGGCCGGCUGUUCCCGGGGUGGAUUGGCCUGAUCCUGAACCGUUCCUGCUGGGAAUUGCUGGGAAUAGCCCAGGGGAGGGCUCCCAGCCUGGAGGGACUGAUGCUGCUGGUGAGGUUGGAAAAGGAACAGAGAUCUUGGAAGUGGGGAGAGGGGAGAGGAGAGGAACACGCUGGAACCCCGUUGUGCAGAAGGAAAAACCCCAACAAACCUGAAAGCCCCAACAAACCUGAAAACCCCAAAAAACCUGAAAGCCCCAACAAACCUGGAAGCCCCAAAAAACCUGAAAGCCCCAACAAACCUGGAAGCCCCAAAAAGCCUAAAAACCCCAACAAACAAGUUCCAUGUCCAUUUGUCAGUGAGGGAAUGAAACAGCAGCUGCUCAGCCAGGAAUUCCCUGGGGUUCAGGAUUUCCCUGGGAUCCAGAAUUUACCUGAGGUCCCAGAUUUCCCUGGGAUCCAGGAUUUCCCUGUGGUCCAGGAUUCCCCUGUGCUUCCCUGCUCCCACCUGAGCAUGCUCACAUGAAGGUUCAUCUUCCCUGUGUCAGAGGCUUCCCAGAUUCUUCCCAGAUUGUUGUGAUAGACCUUGGAAUUUCUAAUGCCACUUUUUUUUUCCCCAAUUCAGUAAUUUCUUGAGAUUUCCCAGCCCAAAGCCACAAAUCCUUAAGGAAUUUUCUCCCAGGAGAAGCCUGAGCCUGUGGUGAGCUGUCAGGAAGAUUUUAAAGGAGCUUGGGAAGCUGCACCCCAGGCUGGGUUCUCCUGGCCUGUGUGAUCAGGGAUUGGGUGUCCAAAUUUAUCCCAAAUCCAGGUUUUACCCCAAUGACAAGGAUACAGCUCUCCAUACAGGGAAUAAUAUAUAUACAAAUAUAUAAUUCUCAGUACAGGGAGGAAGUUCCAGCCCGUGUUCCGACUGAGUUCCCUCCUCCUGUCCUUCCCCUCCAUCCUUCCCCCAAGGAAAAGCCAAGUAGAGCUUUUUGUUUGUUGCCCUGAUGAAGAAUUAAGGAUUCCCUGACGGAGCAGGGCUGGGAUCCAGCCUCAGUCCCCGUGGGGGCCCUUCCUGCCCUCCCCACCUGCCCAGGUAAGUGUGCAGCCCUGCAGGGAGCCCCGGGAUGGGGUUUGGACGUGCCAGGCCCAGCUCUGGGGGAGGUGGGGGGUCCGUGGCUGCUUUUUUGGGGUGUUUCAGGCUCCAGGGGAGCCCGGACUGAGCGAAUUCCAGGGCUCAGUGUGGAGCUGCUGGGCAGAUCCCAAGGGUUUGAGGGGCAGGGCUGGUCCGUGGGAGCCGUGUCCGUCGUUUCCGCUGUCCCUGCGGGGAGCUCGGGGCUCCCUGCUCCCCUGGAGCCAGGGGCUGGGCUUCCCCCUGCUGCUGAGCAAUCUCCUGGUGGGGAAAGAGCAGCUGCAGCACCAGGAAUGGAUGUUUUAGGGGCUGGAGGGGGGGGUUUUCCCACCAGGAAUUCCAAGGACAAUGCGCUGUUCCCAGCAGGAGGGUCCCAGGCGCCCCUGGAGCUGCACCCCUUCAUCUCCCCCAGCCCCCCCAGUCUGUGCUCACUCUGCUGGGAGCAACUCCAGGCUGCUGUGGUUAAAAGGAUACUGUCAAUGCCCUCCUGUAGACGGCUUUUAAUCCCUUAUAUUUAUUCAAAUCCUCUUUAGCGCUGUGGAUUCUCCCCCUCUCCUCGGGCGCCUUCAUUUCCAGAACUUUCUCCAGGUUUCAGGGUGGCAGAAGAUGGUGGUGACAGACUGGAUGGGCGAGGGGUCACCCAGCAAUCACAGGAUUUGCACAACUCUGGGAAAAUAAAAAACAAACAAAAAAAAAAUAAAAACACUUUUGUUUAGUUCCUACUGUGGCAGGGGAGAGCGAAGAGCAGGAUUUUGGCUGACUGAUCCCUUUGUAACAGAGCAGAGUUUUCCAGGGAAAACUCCAGAACACAGAACCCAAAGCAAUUUAUUUUCUGUUUGCAGACCAGGGUGACAGCAUUAAGGUAGCUCAAACUUCUUGACAGUGUCCUUUUAAGUCAAUUAUCCGUCUUCAAAUGGACUCUUCCUGAUGUUUAUAUUUAUAAAUACCAAUAAACACCAUUUUCCAA